AUGGCCUUGAAACUUAACACAAUGGAUAGAAGAGCAUUGAUUGAAAAAUUCCAUCAAAUGGAUAAAAAUUGUGAUGGCGUUUUAACACCGUCUGAAAUUCGACUCUGUGUUCAGCGAUCCGGUCUACCUCCAUCGAAAGUUGAUGAAUUUCUACGUUUAUUCGAUUUAAGCGGUGAUAAUAUGAUUACACUUCAAGAAUAUAUUUGUGCGCUUGGUUUACAACCACCACCGCCAAAAGAUGUUGAACAAUGGAGGAGAACCUUUAAUGAAGUCGACCAAGAUAGAUCAGGACAAUUAUCACUAGAUGAAAUCAGAAACGUUUUACGGGAACUAGGAUAUCGUCGUGUAUCUGAGGACGCUUUAAAUCGUUGGAUGCAAAGUGUUGACAAGAAUUGUAAUCAAAUGAUUGACUUCUCUGAAUUCAGCGCAUUUCUUUACGAAAAUUGGCAAGAAUAAACCAGACUUUAACCGAGCGACCAGAUAUUUAUUUCCACAAAUACUUUCCUCUAACAAAAUUGAAAAUAUAACUACUACUGCUCUGCUGUAUCUGUAUUAUUUUAUAUUACAUAAACGUUUACAGAUGCGAACUACUAAUAGUAUGGUUUACCUUAUUGUCAUGAUAGUAAUAUGAAAAGUG